AGGUUUUCGAAACAAGUGUUAUGGCAUCAACGGGUAAAAUCACUAGGAUUCGGGAUUCAGAGAAGAUAGAAAUAAAAUGUUAUUUAAAAGACGAAACUCUGAAGAAAGAGGAACACAUACAAGAUAUCAAGAAAUUAAGAUCUAUUAUCAAAAGAUUUACUGAUAUUAAUACAAUCCCAGACGAUUUGAAAGACAUUUAUUUUGUGGACGUGCACUUACCAGUGUCAAUUUUGAAGGGAAACGUAAUAAUUGUAGACACACCGGGAAUAGGAGAAAAUGAAAACCUGGAUAAAAUGUUACUAGAUUUUCUGCCGCAUGCAGUCUCAUUUGUGUUUAUUGUAAAUGCUAGAAAUGCUGGAGGAAUACACGAAGAUAGGCUUACAAAAAUAAUGAAAACAAUUAUGAACAAUCGGGAAAAAAUGCCCUGUUUUGAUCCAAGAGAAGUCAUGUUUCUAACUAAUCAGUGGGAUAUUAUCGACAGUCAACACUCUUCAUCGGACGACGACGACGAAGGUGGUGAAAGGGAUAAAGAAGAUCAGCAUACAAAAACAUGGAAAGUCAUUCAGACGAAAUUGGAAAAAAGCUGGUUUGGGUUCAAUCUUGAGAAUGUGUUUCGCAUAAGCUUAAAACAGGUUGCAAAAGGAGUUAAUAACUUCUUUACUGAUGAAUACAAUAGAUUUGAAACCGUGUUGAAGGAAACGAUAGAUAAAAAUGAAAAUAAAAGAGUAGAAUUCUACUACAGAUUUUUAAAAGAUUUUAUAAGAAAAGCAGAGAGAGGAACAUUGGCAAGGCUAAGACUAUUAGAUAGAACAGAAGAAGAACAGCAGAUAACUAUAAAGAAAAGCAAUGAUAAAAUUCGAAAUUUGGAACUCAAAUGCAAGAAGUCAAGAGAAGAAUUAGAAAGUUACAAAGCAGAAAUCAUUUCAAUGCUCGCUGAGAAGCUGCAUGCUUACCUUCACUCAGGUCAUGGCCAAUCAGAAAUAUUAUGUCCUCCUGGUAAAACAUCGAUAUGUGAUGUCUCUUAUUCAUCAAUUGGGGAAGAGGUGCCACAAAGAAUACAGAGUGGAAUACAGAGAUGGUGCGAUGGAGAAGAAGCAAAGUCAAUCAUUGAAGAUGCUGACGCAAAAAUCAAAGCAUUUGUCAAAGAUAUAGAGUCAAAACUGCAAGAAAUUGAGAUUGAAAUGACAGGAAUAGAUGUAAGAGCUGACACUAGUUCUACCGGAGCUGCUAUUUUGGGACUUGGUCUUGGUCUUGGUCUUCUUUUUCUUCCUUUUUCGAUCGUAUUUACAUUUGUCUUUGCCUUGGCAUUUGCUCCUAUCUACAUGGCUUGGGGGUUUUUUCUUGGUGCUGGUGGUCGUCGCCAAAAAGUAAAUGAAAUAUAUGAUGAUUGUUUAAGAAAGAUAUCGAUGUCUGAUUUGAAGGCAAGUUUUGCAAGUUCAUUUGGUGUCGAAUACGGUAAAGUGAUUGUUCUUAUUUUCGACGAAUCAGUGCCAAAGGUAAUAGGCAGUUUACUCACUACUAACAAAAAGCUUCAAGACGAAUACCAGGCUAUUAAAAGGAAAAAAAAAUCAUUCAUGCGAUUGAAAGAGAACAUUAGGAAUAUCCAAACAGCAACGGAGAAUUUUGAACAUACGUCUUAAGUUUGCUUGUCCAUGCUGAUAUUAACUGCUAGUAUUUUUAAAAUGUAAUAAGAUGGUAAGGAGGUUUUAAAUUGUUCAGAGUGUGUAAAAAUGUAGAUUAAUACCUUUGUUCUUAGAUUAUCAACAUACGAACGUUUUUAUAUUUAUCUAAUGAUACUAAUAUUUACAACAUUUUUGAUAAAUGUUGACUAGAAGUCGUAUUAGUAAUAAAUCAAAGAUAAGUACAUUUUUAAUGACAAAAUAGAUUCAUUGUGUAUGCAGGGCAGUAUUUAAGUCACAGCACUGGGUCGAUAUCUCUGCUGGUGGACUAACAGUCCCCGAGGGUAUCAUCAGCUCAGUAGCCAGAAGUUCGGUACCGACAUGAUUGAUAACUAACCAUUCUAAAAUUGUCCGUUUAUGAAUUUUAAAAUUAUACAGAAACUAAGGUUUUAAUUCCCUCAGGCAAAGUUGGUCUUAGAUGGGUUUGGCUAUAUUUUUAGGAGCCUUUUUGGUUAUAUAGCUCUUCGACUGUCCCGAAUUUUUCUACAUCCUUUGCUUUUAAAAAUUCGACUUGAGCAUUCCUGAUGAAGGUAAUUCCAGAAAUGCGCUUCGGAAGCAUGUAAUUUAUAACGUGUUGUUUUCAUUUUUUAAGUCAAAUAUCUUCUAAAAUGAAAGCAUAAAUUCCGCAUCCAAUAACUCUCUUUCAAAAGCAAAUGAAUGGAAAGUCCUUUGUCAUGUUUGUUUUAUUUCUAUUAAUGACAGACGCAAGUUACACUAAAGAGAAAAACGUUUUUGAUCUUAUAAGACAUUAGUUGAUAGUUAUUGUAAGAGGGAAAACAAUGAUAUACACUGUAGUUAAGUUUAUUUAAUAAGGCUGUUUACCUGCAUAUAUUGUAUAGCAUUGUAUCCAAAGCUUUAAAUGCUAUUUUUUUCGCUUCCUUAAUAUAAGUGUUAAAUAUAUUUAAGAUAAAUGAAAAAAAAUAUUUUGACCUUUUCCUAAUAAAAUUGUUGGUGUGUU